AUGACCAAUACCAAGGAUUCCGAAUCCAAUCUGCUUAACUUUCAGAGUCAUCAAGGUGGCCAAAUGGAGCGUGAUGUCCAUUACAACCAGCAACCUUUGAUUCACUCUGACUGGUCGAUGUACAACCGCUUUUCUGGAUAUGCGCACAUCGCCACUACAGCUAUGCCGUCGUCGCGCACCGGAGCGGAUGCAGGUCUGGGCACUGAGAUGCGCUACGUUCUUCACCUCGGCCUCGAGGUCAUGUCGGCUAUGUGCUUACGAUUCGGCUAUCACUACAUCAGAAUAAACAGCUCGGCAAUAGCGACAUACCAGAACCGUUGGCUCGAGGGCAUGUAG